ACCCCGCGCAUGCUACCGUGUCCUUAGUCUCCCCCUCUAGACUCUCCCUCGUCUCCCAAAGCUCGCGGCCCGCUUCCACGCCCUUCCACUGUGCGUCUCACUCGGAUCACCUCACGCAGUACUGUUCAUUUGCAAGCCCCGGCCCGAUCUGAGUCAGGUGUCCCCUCUGCCUUUUGAUAUAUUACCAUUCGCCACCCGUCCCUGAUCUCGGUCUCGGUCCCACUAGCUACGCAUACAUCAUGCUAGCUUGCUACCCUCGACGUCAAUACGCCGACCUUGACAACAUACCCUCCCCUACGCCAUCGCACCUCGACUUUUUCAACCACCUGGCCCACUCUACCUGCACUCCCUCUCCCAGCGAAUUGCCCGACGACAAACAGCUUCGCAGUUACUUCCCUUCCUCUCCUGCUUACUCGAGCAACCCUUCCACUGCCCCCGACCACGCCGACGACCAGUAUAUGACGAGCACCUACGACUUUUCCACUCCGACUUUUCGGAUGUACCAACCUGCGCCUGCUCCUCAAUUGCCUGGCGACUGCUCCUACACGCCAUUGAUCAUGGACCCUUCUUCGAAUCCUCAGUCUUGGGACAUGUUUGCAAACAACGGCCAGCGACAAUUGACGGCCACCACCCCGCUGCAGUCAUCCCUGCUCAGCAACAGGCGGCGCUCGCAUCAGAAGUCGGCCUCGACCUCGACCGUCGGCUCGACCUCGACCUACCACCCCAGCAACACAUCCUUCCAGUACUAUCCGACGUCCGAGCAGACUCCGUCGACCCCUUCGAUCUCCAAACCUGAGUCAUCGUCAUAUUCAGGGUAUAACGCGGAAGAUAAUUCCGGUGGCUUCUCGAAUCAUCUCCCCACACCCUCCCACACCCCAACCCAAGACACCUUCGCCAACGGCGCUUCCAUGUCAACGAACGGUUACACCCACAACAAUAACAAGUCCGCAAGCAUGGCCGCACAUCUGGCGAUGAAACAGGCAUUGAUGGACCAGCAUCAGUCCGGCACCGAUGGUAGCGUACCAGACUUUGGCCACUCUUCGAGACAGUCCGUCUCCAGCUUUGGCGCCGACUCGCCGGCAACGCCACACAACGCACAAGAAGAUUAUGACUUCAAGAUCCCUUCCAAUGACAUUAUACGGCCUGUUCCCAAACUAGACAGAACCAUGACGGACAUCUAUGUCGAUGAGCUCUACAACCCCAAUGCCACUGUAGUGCCGUCGCAGCCCAAGCCUUCGCAGCAACAGUCGAACAACAACGGUAACAGUAACAACACUCUCCUCUCUCCGUACCGCAACAUCAUCAACGACCGGCUGCAAGCGGCACACAACGCUCGCUCUCAGUCACCGUCGAGCACAGUGUCCCGCGGAGCAUCGCCCUUUCGUCAAGGCUCUCCGCUGGCGCCCCCAAGCAACAGUUUCUCGUCAUCGCAGGUCCGACUCAACUCUGCACAGCAGAUGAGGGAGCAGCAAAAGACGGAAUCGCAGGCGUACGCGCUGCAGCGUAACAAGCAGCCGGACCUUUCGGAGCCCAAGACGAUAUCGCCCAAGGACGCGUUGCUCGAUUACCACGAGUCUGACGAGGACUCGAAGAUGCCCCUGUUCCCGGACGGCGGAGCCAACGAUUACGACAGCCAGUACCACAGUGGCGACGCAAGCACUUACGACGGAUCUUCGGAUGUCUCGUACGGCAGCACAGCCACAAGCCAGGGCUGGAGCAACCAGCAGGCGACGGGCUUCCCGUCAGUAUCCGGGCCGUCGCCACCGCAGUCGACGUUCAACUUUGCGCCGCCGUCGGUGCCGGGAGCGAUGAACCUGCAGACGUACAGCGCGCCGCAGUACCGGCCGGUGACGGAGCACACGCCCGAGUUUGUGCCCAAGCUGACGUCGAUGGAGUCGUCGGCGAGCGAGGCCCUGGAGUCGUCGCAGACGAGCCAGAGCAGCGAGCGGACGCCCAUGUCGAAGCCGUCGGCGGGCAGCGGAGCGGACACUGGGACGUACACGUGCACGUACCAUGGGUGCACGCAGCGGUUCGAGACGCCGCAGAAGCUGCAGAAGCACAAGCGUGAGGGUCAUCGGCCGGCGCACACGGCCGGCCUGCCGACGCCGGGGGUGGGUUCGGGCAUGACGUCAGCGGCCCUUCUGGCACGUAACAGCCAGGCCGGCCCGCACAAGUGCGAGCGUAUCAACCCUACCACUGGCAAGCCCUGCAACACCAUCUUCUCGCGCCCUUACGACCUCACCCGCCACGAGGACACGAUCCACAAUGCCCGCAAGCAAAAGGUUCGCUGUGCCCUGUGCGUCGAGGAGAAGACGUUCUCGCGCAACGACGCCCUCACCCGCCACAUGCGCGUCGUCCACCCGGACGUCGACUUCCCCGGCAAGCACCGCAGGCGCGGCGGCGCCUUUGACUAGUGCGUGGGGGAGCUUGUUGAUGCGCAUGACGUCCGUAGCGUCAUCCUGCUCCUUCGCUUGCGCAUCGCGUGCGUCAUGAUCUCCGCCGCGCAUCACGCCCGCUCGGCGGCUCCCUUUCCCGCGCCGCCCAUCCCUGCCCCCCGGGGCAACUCUCUGCACUUCUCUCGGAUGAUACUUGCAUCUGCCUGUCUCAUAUCUCAUUUCCUACCAGUCUCUUUUCUUUUGCUUCUCUUGUCUCUCUGGUUGCGUGUGCCCACACAAGCGACUGGCGUUGUCCUCUCAAGGCGGAAAAACAUUUCUCGAUUUUUUCCCUAUGUCAUCUCCGGCGUUA